AUGGUUCCAAAUAUCACCAGUGAAAGCGGCACCGCCACAGAUACUGUUGAGACUAGCAUCCUCCAACCAGUUUCUGCCAGCCGAGAGCCCUCGCAAGAAACCCCGCGUGAAGCUUCGGUAUUGCCAAUAGCUAGAGAGAACAAAGCAACGGUGAAUAAGACAAGCUUAGGGUGGAAAUUGAGUCCCUUUAGACUACUCAAACAAGAUGUGGCCAAUUUGAAAAGUCGAUAUAGAUCCGACUGGACGACCUUCAAUCAGCAGGUUAUUGCGAGCGCCAUUUAUAUCUUCUUCACGAAUAUUUUACCCGGAAUUACCUUUGCCAAUGAUCUGAACGUUCUCACAGGGCAGUCUUGGGGUACUAUUGAGGUUGUCUUUAGUACAGGAUUGUGCGGUGCCAUCUUUGCCAUGUUUUCUGCGCAGCCGUUAACUAUUCUUGGUGUUACUGGUCCGUUUUCUGUCCUAGCUGAAAAUAUAUACGAACUCUGCCAGAAUAAUUUCAAAGUUGACUUUUUGUCAAUCAUGGCUUGGUCGCUCAUACACGUUGGAUGGAUGCACUAUUUGCUGGCAAUCUUCAAUGCCCAUGAUUGGACUAUGCAAUACGUUACGAACUUCACUGCUGAUAUAUUCUCACUUCUGAACAGCGUGAUUUACUUCCACAAGGCAGCGCUCGUUCUCCAAAGAACUCACACCAAUUCUUCCUUGGCUACGUUUCUUUAUUCUGUCAUAGGUGCCCUGGGUACCUGCUUCUUAGCUGUCUUCCUCUCCACAGCACGAUCUUGGAAACCGCUCUUUCAUAGAUAUGUCCGCAUUGGCUUAGCAGAAUAUGCAGCUGCGAUUUCAAUCAUUAUAUGGAUAGCGAUACCGCAAGCUGGCGAACUUUCUACACUGGAUCACGAAACACUGGAGAUUAACAACAGAUUUGUUCCGACAGACCCAACAAGAUCAUCGUUUUUUGUCAAGUUUUGGCAAGUUCCGGUUUCUUGGAUUUUUCUUUCCAUUAUACCUGGAGCUAUUAUCACGAUUCUCUUCUACUUUGACCACGAGAUCAGCAGUAUAAUCUGUACCGCCGAAAGAUAUGGAGUUCGAAAACCCGGUGGCUUUGCUUGGGACAUUAUCCUACUUGGAAGCACGACAAUACUUUGUGGCAUUUUAGGUAUACCUCCCGCAAAUGGCCUCCUGCCACAAGCACCGCUUCAUUCAGAAUCACUUCUCCACCAUGCCAAUGAAGAAGCUGGGGAAGCACAAGGUCUCUUCAUAGACCACAGAUCCGCGGGUAUAUACGAACAACGUUACUCGCCUCUUAUACAAGCUAGUCUAAUUCUGGUAUUCACCGCACCGCCCUUCCAGAAACUUCUGGGUUUUACGCAAACGUCUGUUUUGGCAGGAUUAUUCUUGCUUAUGGGCUAUCAAUCGCUCUCAGUCAACGCUGUACUCCAUAGAGUCGCUUACAUGUUUACUCCGAAGACCGAACUACCCAGAAUCCCCCUCAACUCAACCUGGAGCGGUAUUCACAGUUAUACUAUAACACAAAUAAUUUUAACCGGCUUUGUGUUCGGUAUGACUCUAACAGUUGCUGCCCCUGCCUUCCCCUUGGUUAUAGUUGCUUUGGUACCAAUCCGCUUAGUGCUUAUCAAUCGACUUUGGUCAAGGCAGACUCUUCGUUUAGUUGAUAGUUGGGCCUGUCGUCCAGGGCGACCAGAAGAUGACGUUGAUGAUCAAGCAGACCGAUCAGACACACGAGAAUCUAUAAGAGUAGUAGAAGAAUAA